UCUCUCCGUUUUUCCCCUUCGCGUAUCUUCGUCCGCCGCAACCCUUCACGUAUCGUCUCUCUCUCACACGGUCACACCCUGACCUCCCCCCUCCCCCUCCCAGAAAAGACCCCUCGAAAAACGGCGGCGCUGCGACAUGGCGGAGGUCGAGGCUCCAGCUACUGCGGUCGAGGCUCCAGCUGCUGCGGUCGCGACGACGACCCCUGAGGUGGCGGCGCCCGAGGCCGGAGCCGCUACGGAGGCGAAGGGUCCGCACAAGCUUCACCGGCAGUGGACCUUCUGGUACGACAUCCAGACGAAGACCAAGUCCGGGGCUGCGUGGGGCACCUCCCUCAAAAAGGCCUACACCUUCGACACCGUUGAGGAGUUCUGGAGCAUGUAUGAUCAGAUUUUUCGUCCAAGCAAGUUGUCUGGGAAUGCUGAUUUUCAUCUAUUCAAGGCUGGAGUAGAGCCAAAAUGGGAAGACCCAGAGUGUGCAAAUGGUGGCAAAUGGACUGUCCCAUGCAACAGAAAGGCAACCUUUGAGACCAUGUGGCUUGAAACGUUGAUGGCUCUUAUUGGGGAGCAGUUUGAUGAAACAGAGGACAUUUGUGGAAUUGUUGCUAGUGUCCGUGCAAGAGGAGAUAAGCUGGCAUUAUGGACUAGGACUGCCAGCAAUGAAGCUGUCCAGGUAAACAUUGGCAAGAAGUGGAAGGAUGUCAUCGACUACAACGACAAGAUCACGUACACUUUCCAUGACGACUCUAAGAGAGACAAGCCCAGCAGAGGUGGGCGGUACACCGUGUAAGCUGGACGUCAAGAAGGCCGUUGCUUUGGAUUGGAAGUGGAGAGCGGAGGUGGGGAUUUUCUUCUGGGAUCGUCGCCGACUUUCGUUUGAUUCAGCUUUUACACGAGGCAGUUUUCGCCGCUAUUACAAUGUUAUUUUCCUCUCAGACAGCUUAUGUGGUACAAGAAAGAGACGUUGGAGACAUUGACGGUUUCUGUAUGGCACUAGAUUUCUAUCUUAAUAUGGCCCCCCCGGUUCAGUAGCAACCCCAACGAGUCAUUUGCUUUUUGGAGAUCCCUGCAAUGCAUGGCCAUGUUUUAGAUCUUAUAUAUAUUGUACUGUAUAUAAAACGUUUGUGAUCUGUGGAGCCAUUGGCACCUUGCAUGC